CUGACUGGGACAGCACAGUUCCAGAUCUCACAGAUGACAAGCAGCCGACAUACAUCCUGUAUAGGCUAGACUCCAAGAAUUCAAUGGGCUUUGAGUGGCUGCUGAUCACAUGGUCACCGGAUGACUCGCCAGUCAGGCAGAAGAUGCUGUAUGCCUCUACAAAGGCCACACUCAAGAAGGAAUUUGGUGGGGCCCAGAUCAAGGAUGAAGUCUUCGGCACAACAAAGGAGGACGUGACGCUGACCGGCUACCGGCGCCAUCUGCGUGCCCAGAAGGCGCCCGCCCCUCGCUCCAUGGCCGAGGAGGAGAGGGAUGAGAUCAAGAGGGCAGAGGUGGGGGUGGACGUGUCGGUGGACACCAAGCAGCAGACGAUGGGCAGCGUGUCCUUCCCGAUCAGCCGCGAGGCGCUGGACGAGGUGGCCGGUCUGUCCCAGGGCAGGGUGAACUACGUACAGCUGAGCAUAGACUUGGACAAGGAGACCAUUAACCUGGCGGCGGCCGACACCACGCCGGCGGCGGCGCUCGCACGGCACGUGCCCACCGACCACGCGCGCUAUCACCUGUACGUGUUCAGCCACCAGUACGAGGGUGACCAGUUCCACAGUCUCGUGUUCAUCUACUCCAUGCCCGGCUACAACUGCUCCAUCCGGGAGCGCAUGCUGUACUCCAGCUGCAAGUCCUCAGUCAUCGACGUCAUAGAGAACCAGUGCCAGCUGAGCAUCACCAAAAAGAUCGAGGUGGAUGACCCCAGCGAGCUGACCGAGCAGUUCCUGAUGGACGAGAUCCACCCCAAAAAGAUGCUGCAUCGGCCCAAGUUCGCCAAGCCCAAGGGCCCGGCCAGCCGCGGCGCCAAGCGGCUGACCAAGCCCGGUCCGGCCGACUCGUAGCCGCCUGACGGCCAGGCCCGUCAGCGUCAGGUGCGUGCCGUCCGGCGGGCGCCGGGUGAGGCCGCCUCCGCCGACGGCGGCCGCAGCGCAUUGUUUUGUAUUUGUACGGCGGCGGGCGCCGGAGGCUGCGCGCGCUCGCAUUAUGUCGGUCCGCUUCAAGCGUGACUUCCAUGUACGGUCGAUGCGUGCGACGCACGCCGCUGGGCGCCGCGCGUGACGCAGCGUCACCAGCGGCACGGAGGCCCGCGUGGCCGGCGGCGCGCUGACAGGUCGCGGCCACGCUUUCUAGACGAAUUCAAACUGUGAUUUUUCAUAAACUGUGACCGGUAGGCCCUAUUGUAGAACACGGUAGGCCCUAUCGUGGAACACGUUAGGUUCUAUUGUAGAACACGUGGAUCCUAGAUGUGGGGUCAUCUGAGGCUUUUCUCGACGAUCGACCAGGCAUUUUCAUGCACCGUUCCCGUAAGGACUUGGCUCGGGUUGGAGGGCUCGGUGAAUACGACAAAAUGUCAGGAAAAUUACCACAAGCCCGGCAAGCGGUGGUGACACGACUAUGGCGUGGCAGCCGUUUUUUGCACCUGGUGAUGUAUUUUAGGGAGUAGGAACUGUAUCAUGUGUUAAGCUUAACCGAAAGGGAAGAGGCGGUGGUGGCGAUAAAAUGGCCUCAAAAUUGUAAUCCUUAUUCGUUUGCAGUCAGAGAAACCGUGUGGCGACAAAGUAUAUGCCGAAUACAUGUGUUUAUAUUGUUCUAAUUCGGUGAAAUGAGGAAGUUUGGCCCCCUUACAGCAUAUAUUAAUCCGCUUUGUGGAUGUAUAUUACCCACUGUAUGUGCACCAAAGAUUACCGCCAGGAAAUGAAACGGUGUUAUGUACAAGAAAGACCCUGUAGCGCCCGUGUCCCCGAAAAUUGAUGCUUCAUCCCUUGUCUGUUGGAGACUUAAUAUCGUGUGUUGUGCUAACGGGACUGUUCCAGGUUCAUGAUCGCUUCAGGUCACGGACACCCCUUAUAAGAUGACGUUAGACACGUCCGCCUCUCAAACUGCGUUCUUGGUCAGCUUGUUGUCUGAUCCAAUGCAAGACCGCUCAUUCAUUGUCAGGUCGUUUCGCCCAGAUGCGACAGCGCACGUCCUUCACAUCACGUGUGGAGGAGCUUGCGGACAAUGGCAACGUGCAGUGUGAUCACAUAUAGCUCCCAGUAAUAACCAUGAAUCACGGUUUUGAAAACACCAAUGUUUUUGUUAACAGAAUGGCUGUGGCCAAACUUGAUCAUGUGCAUAAUUGGGCGGUGCUAGUGCCGUGUCCAACCGUUGCAAGCCUGCGAUCAAACCGCUACCUUACAUACUGCCAGUGUAAAACCCAAUACACAUUGUACGUUUCGCCGGCGUCUCGGACCACGUUCCACUGAUUUGGGCAGCUCCGUUUGCCAGUCAGUGAAAUGUGCGAACGGAGAAAGGGAAGAAUGAACAUGCAGUACUGUGUGGCCCCCGUCGAAUGACAAUACAAACGGUCUAGGAGGCACAA